UUUAAAUUCAAUUAAAAACAUUCUAAAUAAAAAAAUCUCAUAAACCAAAAAAGUUCGCCCAAAAUCAAAUCACCACUAUUGGCUAGUGACUAAACGGAUGCCUGAUGUCCAAAAUUGCCUUUGAAACAAAUAUCCAAGCCCCUCGAAAAAUGCCCAUGGAAUAUGGCUUCUAAACCCCUUAUCUCAUGCCCUAUUUUCGCGCCACCAUUUCCAUACGACCACCACCGGCCCGGCACCACGGUGGGCUUUUCUCGGUGGAACAACGCCAACGCUGAGAAGUUCAACCGCCAGGAGCGAACCCAGAAGGAAAUCGAAGACGAGAUCCGCUUCCACAAGCGACAUAACGCCGCCCUCAACAUCAUCAACAAUUACAAUCCUGCCCCUCCGUCUCCGGUCACCGGCACCUUCAAAUCCAUCGGCACCCCCUCUGCUCCUUCCAAGCCUUCAAUUCCAGGUAAGAAAUCGAAAUACUCUAAACCUCCCAAGGAUUCUGGGCCCUCACACCCGGCCUUUGGGCCCGUUGUUCGUCUCAGGAAGAUCCCCGAUGUGGGCGGAAGUUCCAAAAUCUACCGUCGCACUGACGCGGAUGAGCCCAAGAUUGAACCUCAAGAAUCGAGCACCAACAUCAGUGUUAACGAAAAUGGCGUCACUUAUGAGUUCCCAGAAGCUCCAUUCGUGUACCAGUAUAGUUACACCGAGACACCAAAGGUGAAGCCUUUGAAGCUCAGGGAGCCAUUAAUAAUGCCCUUUGAGUCGAAAACCAUGACAAGACCAUGGACAGGGCGAAAGCCCCUCUCUCCUAGCAAGAAGAAGUUGCCUGAAUUUGAUUCCUUUAAGCUCCCUCCGCCCCAUAAGAAGGGAGUGAAGCCAGUUCAAGCUCCGGGUCCUUUCUUGGCAGGGUCUGGACCAAAGUAUGCGAAGUCAAGGGAGGAUAUCAUGGGGGAACCUUUGACAAAGGAGGAAAUCGAGGAGCACAUUAACAGCUGUAAGAAUUCGAAAAGACAACUGAAUAUGGGUAUGUAAAUCAAUACAGAGGUACUGCAUUUUUUUACACGGAGUGCUUAAUUUGGGUAGUUAUACAGAUAUACUGGUGUUCUUUUUGCAAUUAAACAUUGUGGGUCAUGGACUUAACCUGCCUGCUUGAUUUAUGAUUUGAACUCCAAAUUAGUAAGAUAUGAUAUCGAUGGACCUCUGAUACAUUUUUUCAAUCACUGCUAGUGGUGUAUACUUGCUCAUUUCCUACUGAUGCAUGCCAUUUCAUUUUCUAGGAAGAGACGGACUGACCCAUAACAUGUUAGAGAACAUACACGCUCUUUGGAAGCGAAGGAGGGUGUGCAAGAUAAAGUGUAAAGGGGUGUGUACUGUAGACAUGCAGAAUGUACGAGAGAAACUAGAGGAAAAGACAGGAGGCAAAAUUAUAUAUAGUCAAGGUGGUGUGAUUUACCUCUUCCGUGGCAGAAACUACAACUACAAAACACGCCCAAGGUUCCCUCUGAUGUUGUGGCGUCCCAUUACUCCUGUAUAUCCUAAGCUAGUGCAAAAAGUUCCUGAGGGCCUAACAUUAGAGGAAGCAUCUGAAAUGCGUAAAAAAGGACUUACUUUAUUGCCAAUUUGCAAGAUUGCAAAAAAUGGUGUAUACUCGAACCUUGUGAAGAAUGUUAGACAGGCAUUUGAUAGUUGUGAGUUGGUGAGAAUCAACUGCCAAGGGACAAACCCAAGUGACUUCAAGAAGAUAGGUGCAAAACUUAAGGAUCUUGUUCCAUGUGUGUUAAUCUCAUUUGAGCAUGAACAUAUACUCAUGUGGAGGGGACGAGAGUGGAAACCCUAUACACCUGACAUUGAAGAAAAACCGAAGAGAACGGAAACUAUAGCUGAGACUUCACCAUCAGUGCAUCCUAAAGAAGGGAGUGAAAACAAGAGAAUAUCUGAGACUUCACUUUCGCGUGAGGAGGAGGAGCCGUUAGAAUGUUCAUCUCCGGUCCCAUUGAAUGAGGAGCAGCACCAAACUGAACUAGAAAACCUAGACACCAGCAAUAAGCCGGUGAGUGCUGGUAACAAGGCUCCGACAGAGGGCCUUUCAUUGCUCUUGAGUCGGGCUAUUGAAAUAGGGAGUGCGGUUGUUUUGGAUGAUUCUUGUUUGGAUGCUGACAAUGUAUACAAAUCGGCGAUUUCUCUGGCCAAAUCUGCACCACCAGGUCCUGUCUUUAGACAUGAGCGCAAAAAAGCUGCAGGAGAUCAGCAGGUCAACAAACAAGAAACUGGGUUUUUGGAGGCUCAAGGAAUAAUAGAACCCCCAAUGAGUGGACUAGCUGAAGAGAGUACUGCUUUAGUUCAGAUUGUAAAUGAGAGGAAAAUUUCAAGAAAAGGUGUGAGGCAAGAUCAUGUAAAUGUUGGCCUCAGGAUAGAUGAACUUGCCAAGUUACUAUCGUAGUUCUGAUUAAUUUCAUAUAGUAAUUAAUUAAAAUGAAUUUUACUUUUUCAUUUUUUUAUAUACAGCAAAAAUAACACUUUUAC